AGCGCUCGCUUCCGGGGCGGGUCAGCGGGACCCGGAAGUAGUUACGGAGUUCGGCCGAGACGCCGCGGUCUGAGGUGUAUUUUUUCACCCGUUUUCUGCACUAGCUGACCCUGCCGUCGCCAUGGGGAAGCGACAGCACCAGAAGGACAAGAUGUACAUCACCUGUGCUGAAUACACUCACUUCUAUGGUGGCAAGAAACCAGAUGUCCCACAAACAAAUUUUCGUCGUCUGCCUUUCGACCACUGCAGUCUCUCUCUGCAGCCCUUCGCCUACCCGGUGUGCACCCCCGAAGGCGUCGUCUUUGACUUGCUGAACAUCGUUCCUUGGCUUAAGAAGUACGGGACCAACCCCAGCAACGGAGAGAAAUUGGAUGGGAGGUCCCUGAUCAAGUUGAACUUUGCGAAGAACAAUGAAGGGAAGUACCACUGCCCGGUGCUCUUCACCGUGUUCACCAACAGCAGCCACAUCGUGGCCAUCAGGACCACCGGCAACGUCUACGCCCACGAGGCGGUGGAGCAGCUGAACAUCAAGGCCAAGAACUUCCGAGACCUGCUGACCGACGAGCCCUUCUGCCGACAGGACAUCAUCACCCUGCAGGAUCCCACCAACUUGGACAAGUUCAAUGUCUCCAACUUCUUCCACGUUAAGAACAACAUGAAGAUAAUCGACCCAGAUGAAGAGAAGGCCAAGCAGGACCCGUCGUACUAUUUGAAAAACACGAACACGGAGACACGAGAGACGCUGCAGGAGCUCUACAAGGAGUUCAAAGGGGACGAGGUGCUGGCGGCCACCAUGAGGGUCCCCGAGAAGGCGAAGGUGGACAAGCUGAACGCCGCCCACUACUCCACUGGGAGGGUCAGCGCCUCCUUCACGUCCACUGCCAUGGUUCCCGAGACCACGCAUGAAGCAGCGGCCAUCGACGAGGACGAGCUGCGCUACCGGUUUGUGAAGAAGAAGGGCUACGUGCGUCUGCACACCAGCCUGGGCGACCUCAACCUGGAGCUGCACUGCGACCUGACCCCAAAAACCUGCGAGAACUUCAUCAAGCUUUGCAAGAAGCAGUAUUACAACGGCACCGUUUUCCACCGGUCCAUCCGCAACUUUGUGAUCCAGGGAGGUGACCCGACGGGCACCGGCACAGGUGGGGAGUCGUGCUGGGGGAAGCCCUUCAGAGAUGAGUUCCGGCCCAACCUCUCGCACACGGGCCGCGGCGUGCUCAGCAUGGCCAACUCGGGGCCCAACACCAACAAGUCUCAGUUCUUCAUCACUUUCCGCUCCUGCGCUUACUUGGACAAGAAGCACACCAUCUUUGGGCGGGUUGUUGGGGGCUUUGACACGCUGACGGCCAUGGAGAACGUGGAGAGUGACCCCAAAACUGACCGCCCUAAGGAGGAGAUCUGCAUUGACUCCACCGUCGUGUUCGUGGACCCCUAUGAAGAGGCCGACGCUCAGAUCGCCGAGGAGCGCAGGAAGACACAGCUGGAGGCGGCGGCCCCCGAGAGCACGGCCAAGAGCAGCCAGCCCCCCCAGGGGAGCCAGGGCCCCCAGGCGUACCGCCAGGGCGUGGGCAAGUACAUCAGCCCGGCAGUCACGAAGCGGGUGGCAGAGGAGGAGCCAUCCAGCAGUGCAGCCGUGCCCGUGGCCAAGAAGAAGCCCAGCCGUGGCUUCGGGGACUUCAGCUCGUGGUAGCAGCCGGCCACUGUGCUGGAGCCGGAGCUUGGGUUUUGCAGAAGACCCACAAGGAAAGUGGCUGAGAGCCUUGGCUGGUAUCAGCUUCGAAGCCAUCCCGCGCCAUGGGGAGGAAGGCUGCCGCACCCCCAGAGACAGCCCAGAACACACGCUCCACA